AUGCCCAAGGUGGUUACUUCGAGGCGAUUGCCUGUGUACACCAACAAGGGCCAGAAAGAGGACGACAGGUUCAAUGCCUUCCACUGCAAGAGGUGUCGUACACACUUGGUGACGACGGAUGCUGAUCUGGCGAACAUCCCGCGGAGAAGGACCGAUGGUGCCAUGGUCUUGGAUGCCCGCCUGCAGGUGAUCAGCCUCUACACAGUCAAACGUGAGGGAAGUCGAGUCAUUCGCCGCGAGAAGGGUGCAGAGCGGCAGUAUGUGCAUGCCUGCCCUUCAUGUGACCAAGACGUCGGCUACACAUCGAAGCCCCACGAGGCUGACCUGGAGCUCGUGUAUUUGUCCGACACGGCAGUCACAGUGCCCUGGCACAGGAUGAAGUCGCCCUUCACUUGCAAGGUGUGCGGCUACAUCUGCCAGAGUCAGGGGCAGCUGGAGUUUCACAGGAAGCAGAAGCAGCACACCGAAGAAAUGGAAAAGGAGCAAGAGGCAGCCAAUGAGCUGAAGCCCAUCAUCGUAGGCUGA